GACUAAAAGCUAGUAGCGGGUUUUUCUCAGAGCAUCCAUUCUGUUUCAAUGGGGAGAAAACCAUGGUCUCGGAAAAUAUAUCCUUCAUUUUUCAAGAUUCUUUUGGAUGACUUCCCAAACAAGUUGCAAAUUCCAGUGGCUUUUGCCAAGAAUUUUGAUGGAGAAGCUUCUCAACAAUGUCUCAUUUGGAACCCUUUUAAGAAAUUUUGGAAUGUUAACGUGGAAAAAACCAAUAACAGAUUGUUUUUUCAAAAGGGUUGGAAUCUAUUUUUGCUAGACAAUGGUUUAGAGUUUGGUGACCUUCUUGUCUUUCACUAUAAUGCUGGGAAAUCAGAAUUUUAUGUUGAUUUUUAUGGGAAAAAUUGCUGUCAAAAAAGGGGCAUAUCCCUAGGUUUUCACAGAGAGAAAGACCAAUCUGAAAAUAGUCUUGAUGGUAAUAAAACAAAUAUGGUAAAUAUUGGAGUAAUUGACCUUGAAACUGAAGAUUCUGAGCCUAUUGAGCAAUAUAGAAGUGAAUCAUCAGAAGAUGAAUUUUUUGAAGAGAAAACUCAAACUAAACGUGGUGGUGCAGGAAGGCCUCGAUUUCGAUCUCGUUCUCGUUGUGAUAGGGAAGUGAGAGCACUCGAAGAAGCCAACAAAUACAUUCCAAAGCAUCCUUCUUUCAAAUUAGUAAUGGCUGAAAGUUAUGUGAUGAAGGGACUUCUGGGUGUACCAAUCAGCUUUUACAGAACACAUAUGAAGCAAAUGCAGAGAAAUGGAAGUUUUAUCAUGUUGCAACAUUUAGGGAAGUCAUGGCCAGUGAAGUUUUGCAUUAACGAGCCACUUAGGGCAAGGUUCGCCUCAGGAUGGGGUAAGUUUGUGAAGGACAACACUAUAGAAUUGGGAGAUGUUUGUGUCUUUGAGCUAAUGGGUGUGAGUGUGGUGAAGGUCUCUAUAUUUAGAGGUUAAUAAAUAGUUGUAAUAGUUUCUCUAUUUUGGUAAAUCAUUUGUUGUUACUUUGGUAUAGGUGUUUUAUUAUAUAGUUUGACUCCAAAAUAAGUUUGUCUUAUUUACUUUGGUAAGAAGAUCAAGCUUUCUUUUGUUUAA